UUUGGUGCAUGCAGCUCUACGCGUAGAGCGCAGUUGCAUCACAAUAUUCAUUCCGAUCGCUGUUGUGAUUGAAAGUUCCACUCAGUGCACCACUGCAAAAAGCUGUUAAAUUUCUCUUAGUGAGAGCCGCUGCUAGUGUGCACGUUUUUCAGCCCCUACUGUGGCUACGAACACAUUCCGAAAGGGGUAUCCACGCAGUUGUUUUGUUUUUCCAGCACUUUUCAGCAAAACGCAAACUAAAGUGAACGUGCGAUGUUCCAUACAAUCUCAUGAACCAGCGCAAAUAUCUCCUGCUCCCAACGGUGCUUAGUAACGCGGAAAAUCACUCACGCAUCACAUACACACACACCUCCGAACGCAAUUCCAUCGAGUACAAUGGCCUGCCCACUGUAUAAGCUGCUGCUAUUCACUGCCCUACUGAUACUUCAACUGAUAGCGACCUGCAAAGCCACUUUAACAGCUAACCACGAUGAGCAACAGGAUAUUGCCGUCCGCCAGGUGUCCAACGUGGGCUGGGAAGUUACCUAUGAUCCGCCUAAGCUCAACAUGGACAUGAGCACCACGCGAAACGUAACGCUGCGAAUAGAGCGCAUAGCGAAGGCGGAUUUGGAAGACAUCCGCUCGGUGCAGUUGAGAAGCGAGCGUGAGCACGUGGCUUGGGUCGAGAAUGGUACGAUCGUCAUUGAACCGCUCGUCGCGGCCAUCGCGUACAAUGGGUCGUUUACCGUCGUUGCCAACUUUCUCGGCCAGACCAGCUUUUUCGUCGAGCUGGUGCGCAUGAACGGCACGACCGAAAGCAUCAAAUCGUCCACCCUUCCGAUAACCGUAAUCCGCCCGGAGCGCGUCAUUGACCAUGUGUUUACCGGAUCGGUCAUACUACUUAUCUCCAUCCUGUACAUUAACUUUGGCGCUGCACUGGAUGUUGGAGCGCUGAAGCAGAUUGCACGGCGUCCGAUUGGACCGAUGAUCGGGUUCGUGUGCCAGUUCGUGUUCAUGCCCCUGCUCAGUUACGGUCUCGGGCAUUUGCUGUUUCCGGACAACUACGAGCUGCAGCUGGGACUGUUCUUUACCGGCGUCUCGCCGGCAGGUGGAGCUUCCAACAUCUGGACUGUGGCGCUGGGCGGCAAUCUAACGCUCUCCAUCGCCAUGACCACUAUCAGCACGAUCGCCGCGUUCGGCAUGAUGCCGCUGUGGAUUUUUACCCUCGGGCGUACUAUCUUCCAGCGGGCAAACCUCGUCGUGCCCUACAGCCGCAUUGCGUACACGGCCGUUGGACUGGUGGUUCCGAUCAGUGCCGGUCUGCUCAUACAACGGUACUGUCCCCGGUUCAGCCGGCUGCUGGUACGCAUCCUGAAGCCCAUGUCCGUGAUAUUGAUCCUGUUCAUCGUCAUCUUCGCGAUCGUAACCAACCUGUACCUGUUUGAGCUGUUUUCCUGGCAAAUCAUCCUCGCCGGGUUGGGUCUCCCUUUGCUCGGCUACUGUUUCGGGUUUUUGGCGAGCACGCUGAUGCGUCUGCCGCUUGCCGACUCGCUGGCCAUAUCGGUCGAAACGGGCAUACAGAACACCGGUAUUGCGAUCUUUCUGCUACGCUUUGCCCUGGAACAGCCGGCGGCGGAUCUAACGACGGUUAUGCCCGUUUCGAAUGCGAUUAUGACACCGUUACCUCUGCUUCUGCUCCUGGUUGGUCUACGCAUUCAUGAACGCACGAAGCGACGCGCUGAAAACAGUCUGAUACCGAAGACGGAGACGGAUCCUGUGGUGGCAACGCCAGAGUGAAGACAGACAACUACGAUCAUCCCCCCGAUGGUGACGGUAUUAGGGAUCACAGGCCUAGAGAACAACUCACAAUCACACAUCACACACACACACAUACAUCAUACAUAGCACAUAGUAGCAGAAUGUGGUUUGGUUUUUGUACAUCGAAAUACAGAAAAGCCGUUUAUU